GGGGAUUUUGUAUCUUGCAAGUGAAAGGAGUUCUCGCGUGGCGUGUCACCGUAUAAAUACCGACGAAUUUUUCCUCUAAGCCACAGUUCGAUUCCAUUUCUUAACCCAAGUACAUCAUGAAGACCUUCGUAGCUUCUUUACUCGUCGCUUCACUUAUCGUCGUUAGCGCAAGUGAAUCCGUAAAGAAAGUGCAGAAACGUGGUCUUAUCGGUGGCAACCAUGGCUUUGGCGCAUCGGGCGAAGUAGCUUCAGUUGACUCCGGAUACCUCCCACCUGUAUCUUCCGUAACAUCUGUCAAGAAACCCUACGUGGUGUCCUCCGCUCCAGCCUCGUCCUAUGGUGUCCCAGCGUCAGUGUCAUCUUAUUCUGCUCCAGCGCCAGUUUAUGACGUUCCAGUCUCUGCACCAGUUCCAUCCUAUAGCAGCUCUGUUUCGUCAGUAGUUCCAUCCUACACCGCUUCCGUCUCCGCUCCUGUUUCUAUUCCAGUUCACGCUCCUGUUUCUGUUCCAUUCCACGCUCCCGUCUCUGCCCCAGUCGCAUCUUAUGGUGUCCCCGUUGCUGCACCUCUUCCAUCUUACAGCGCCUCCGUCUCAGUACCAAGUUCAAGUUAUGGUGUCCCUAGUCUGUCACCAGCACCAGUUCACAGCAGCCCUGUUCUAGCUGCUUCGGUACCUUUGUCCGUGGGAUCCGUCAGUGUACCUAGCACUUCUUAUGGUGUACCAAGCUCCGUUGUUCAUUCCGUGCCCUCUGUGGGAGUCUCAUACAACUCAGCCAAUUAUCCAAGUAGAAAUUAUGGAGUCCCGUCAAGCUACGUUUCUGGAGGUGGACUUUCAUUGGAUUCUUUCAACGUGCCCAGCAAAGUUUAUGGAGUACCUAGCUCAGGUAGCUAUAGCAGUGGAUACUCUAGUGGAUCAGUAUCAAUUUCAUCGUCGGGCAGCUUGGCAUCGAGCUCUGCUCACGCAGCUUCCAAUGAUGGAUAUUCGUACCCUGCACCGUCGAAACAAUUACUUCUCUAAAUUGAAAUUAUAUUGUCAUGUGAAGUCAAAAUGCAAUGCAAAAGGAAAGUUUUAUGAAGUUUUAUAUUGCAUUUAAUUGGUCGCAAGAAGCUCCACAAUAUGUAGUGUUAUAUAUUUCAC